AUGACCGCGGGGGAGGCGCGCUUUGGCAGCGCCGCCGAGGAGGCGGCGCACUACAAGGCGCAGGUACGGAGCAUGCAGGAUGCGCUGCAAGAGGCCGAGAAUGGGCUGCAAGAGUUUAUGGAGUCGAGCAAAGAGCUCGAGGCGGAGCUCGAGGCGGAUAUCGCGCAGAGCACCGCGCGUGCGGACGAGCUGCAGGCGGAGAACGAGUCGCUGCGGCUGGACGUGGACGAGUGGCGGGGAAAGUACCAGCAGUCGCUCUCUGAGCACAAUGCGACGCUCGGCGAGCUGCACCGCGAGCUGUCCAAGCUGCGGGAAUCGCACGACGCGUACAAGACCAAGCUGCGCGACAUGGAGCUCGACAAUGACGAGCUGGAGAAUGCCGAGCGGAUGAUCAACUCGUCGCUCACCGACAUGGAGGGGCGGUACAACUCUGCGAUGGAAAAAACGGCGCUCCUCGAGUCGGAGCUCGAGGACAAGACGCGGCUCGAGGAGGAGAACCAGCGCCUGAAAGACGAGCUGCGCGACCUGCGCGAGGAGCUCGCCAUCGUCCAGUCCGCGCCGCGCCCCGACGAUGACCUGCAACUGAGCGACCUGGUGGUCAAGGCGCCCAAGCCCACCAAGAAUACCCUCGAACGCCUGCGCGAGCACAUGCAGCAGCUCCAGGUGCGCCUGCACACCGCACAGACCCCGGUCGGCCGGCCGAACGAAAAGAGCGCGCUGCCGCGGCCACGCUCGAGCCUCUCCCACUCGCAGAGCGGCUCACCGUGGCGGAGCCAGACGCCGGUUGGCGGCCGUGCGACGCCCGCGCGGCCCGAGACGCCGAACAGCGCCCGCACCGACCGCCGCAAGUCGAACUCGUUCAUUCCCGUGCCGACCAACGGGCUGUCGCGCUCAGCGUCGCGCCGGCCGACGUCGCGCCUCGGCGCCGUGUCUCCGACGCACGUCCCGUACGAGUUUAUGGAGCACGACCCGUCGCUGUCGCCCGGCACGCGCCGCGCAAGUGUCGCGCGGCGGCGGUCCAUCUCGCAGUAA